CACGUGUGAUCAAGUGAUGAUAUGGAGAAGCUCGUAAUAGAACGUGCAAUAGGAAAUCUCAUUUUUCUUAGUAUUGCGAUAUCAUCGAUAGAACAUUGCUAUUGUUGCUUCGUAAUCUUAAUUGCCUCGUUCUAAUAGUUAAAAAUGGCAAGUUACGUGAUGAUACAAUUAGCCUGCACCUUGGUGGUCGCAUUUGCAGUUCUGCCGGAUUGCGAUACCGAAGAUUCGGAAAGAAUAAUACAAGCUAAUUUCUCCACCAUAAAUGAUUACCCAUUUAUGGUCUCCAUAAGAUAUGAAGGAUUUCAUCGCUGUAGUGGUGCUAUAAUCCAUGAACGCUACAUCAUAACUGUCGCCCAUUGCAUAAAAGCAUUUCAAGGAAAACUCUUCGACAAUAUAACAGUUGUUAGUGGAACUACUUAUCUCGAUAAAGGUGGAAUUAUUCAUAAUGUCGAUGCAAUAUAUUAUCACAAGGAAUUCAAUAAUUUUAAUAGCGGGUUCAACAUCGGUUUAAUUCGGGUGAGAAGGAAUAUCGAAUUUAAUGAUGUUCAAGACAUGAUACCACUACUGGACAGUGGUUGCGUUCAGAAUUGCUAUCCGUUGUCUGAAAAGAUCGUAAACGUAGGCUGGAGCAAACAUUCCAACAGUGGUCCCGUAAUGAGUGUAUUGCAAAUAUCAGAAUCUAUUGCAAUGGACAAUAAAUUAUAUGAGACGUAUUUUAACCGCAAUAUCACUGCUGAAUUCUGCCUCUUUAUGGAACCUAAAUUAGGAAUAUGUUACGGUGACAUGAGUAGCAUAGUACUAUGCAAUGGUAAUUUUGUAGGAUUAGGUUCUAUAGGAACUUGUAACCCUGAAUAUCCAGAUAUAAUAACUGAUGUCUGUAUGCACAUAACCUGGAUUCGAGAAAUUUUGUACGAAAACAAUGAUAUUUAG